CUGCCAAAGCUGAGCCUGGAACAGGACGGCUUUCCCUGUUUAUGUGGAUUCUUGGGGUAACAGUUUCCCCCCAUCUCGACUUUCAACUGCUUUGGACAUUAGUUUAUAGAAAGGAUUCGUUCUUUAGAGCAAAAUGGAGCGACUCUAUUUGCCAGGGGUCUCAGCCCCUCUGCUUCCCUGUCAGAAGUCAGCAUGUCACUGAAAAGCGAGUCCAGGGUAAACACUUCGGCACUGCAGAAAAUCGCCGCAGACAUGAGCAAUCUGAUAGAAAAUCUGGACACCCGGGAACUCCACUUUGAGGGGGAGGAGGUGGAGUAUGAUGCAUCUCCUGGAGACCCCAAGGCGCAGGAAGAGUACAUCCCAUUCUCUUCCAUUUACAACACUCAAGGAUUUAAGGAGCCCAACAUCCAGACCUACCUCUCCGGCUGCCCCGUGAAAGCACAAGUCUUGGAAGUGGAGCGCUUCACGUCUACUACGAGGGUGCCAAGUAUCAAUCUGUACACUAUUGAGUUAACACACGGGGAAUUCACGUGGCAAGUUAAGCGGAAAUUCAAGCACUUUCAAGAGUUUCAUAGAGAGCUGCUCAAGUACAAAGCCUUCAUCCGAAUCCCCAUUCCUACCAAAAGACAUACUUUUAGAAGACAAAAUGUCAAAGAAGAGCCCCGAGAGAUGCCCAGUCUGCCCCGUUCAUCAGAAAACACAAUCCAGGAAGAACAGUUCUUUGGCAGGAGGAAGCAACUAGAAGAUUACUUGACAAAAAUACUAAAAAUGCCCAUGUACAGAAACUACCAUGCCACGACAGAGUUCCUUGAUGUAAGCCAACUGUCUUUCAUCCAUGAUUUGGGACCAAAGGGCCUGGAGGGGAUGAUCAUGAAAAGAUCCGGGGGACACAGGAUACCAGGUUUGAACUGCUGUGGCCAAGGAAGAGCCUGCUACCGAUGGUCAAAAAGGUGGUUAAUAGUGAAAGACUCCUUCCUGCUGUAUAUGAAACCAGACAGUGGGGCCAUAGCCUUCGUCCUCCUUGUAGAUAAAGAAUUCAGAAUAAAAGUGGGAAGGAAAGACACAGAAACCAAGUACGGACUUCGAAUCGAUAAUCUUUCAAGGACACUGAUUUUGAAAUGUAACAGCUACCGACAUGCUCGGUGGUGGGGAGGAGCCAUAGAAGAGUUCAUUCAGAAGCAUGGAGCUGACUUUCUCAAAGACCAUCGCUUCGGUUCCUACGCGGCUGUCCAUGAGAACACUUUAGCUAAAUGGUAUGUGAACGCCAAAGGCUACUUUGAAGAUAUCGCAAAUGCCAUGGAAGGCGCAACAGAAGAGAUUUUUAUCACAGACUGGUGGUUAAGUCCGGAAAUCUUCCUGAAGCGCCCAGUGGUGGAAGGCAACCGCUGGAGGCUGGACUGCAUCCUCAAACGGAAAGCACAACAAGGCGUUCGGAUUUUCAUAAUGCUUUACAAAGAGGUGGAGCUAGCCCUCGGAAUCAACAGCGAAUACAGCAAGAGGACUUUGAUGCGGCUGCACCCCAACAUAAAGGUGAUGAGGCACCCAGACCAUGUGUCAUCCAGUGUCUAUCUGUGGGCUCAUCAUGAGAAGCUUGUCAUUAUCGACCAAUCGGUGGCUUUUGUGGGUGGGAUUGACCUCGCCUAUGGAAGGUGGGAUGAUGAUGAACACAGACUCACAGAUGUGGGCAGUGUGAAGCGAGUCACCUCAGGACUGUCCAUGGGCUCUCUCACAGCAGCAACAAUAGAGUCUACGGAAUCCUUAAACCUCAAGGAUAAACAUGAAUCUCAUAAAAACGAGCCCAGCAUGAAGAGUACAGAUGAAACAGACGGCAAGCUGAAAGGGAUAGGAAAGCCCCGGAAAUUCUCCAAGUUUAGUCUCUAUCGGCAGCUGCACCGUCGCCAUCUGCACAACUCGGACAGCGUCAGCAGCAUCGACAGCGCCUCCAGUUAUUUUAACCACUAUAGAAGUCACCAGAAUCUAAUCCAUGGUUUAAAGCCCCACUUGAAACUCUUUCGCCCUUCUGGUGAGUCCCGGCAGGGGCUCACUGGGCACAGCACUGACACUGGCUCCAUCCGAAGUGUGCAGACAGGUGUGGGAGAACUCCAUGGGGAGACCAGGUUUUGGCAUGGGAAGGAUUACUGCAACUUUGUCUUCAAGGACUGGGUCCAACUGGACAAGCCUUUUGCUGAUUUCAUUGACAGGUACUCCAUGCCCCGGAUGCCUUGGCAUGAUAUUGGUUCUGUGGUCCAUGGGAAGGCAGCUCGUGAUGUGGCUCGUCACUUCAUCCAGCGCUGGAACUUCACGAAGAUUAUGAAGCCAAAAUACCGCUCCCUUUCUUACCCUUUCCUGCUCCCCAAAUCACAAACCACUGCACAUGAGCUGAGGUAUCAGGUGCCUGAGGCAGUCCCCGCCAGAGUGCAGCUGCUCCGAUCUGCUGCUGAUUGGUCUGCUGGGAUAAAGCACCACGAGGAGUCGAUCCACACUGCCUACACCUAUGUGAUAGAGAACAGCAAGCACUACAUCUACAUUGAAAACCAAUUUUUUAUAAGCUGCGCUGAUGAUAAAGUCGUGUUCAACAAGGUGGGCGAUGCUAUCGCCCAAAGAAUCCUGAAAGCCCACAGGGAAGGCCAGAGAUACCGGGUGUACAUUGUGAUACCACUGCUGCCAGGAUUCGAAGGAGACAUUUCCACAGGAGGAGGGAAUGCUCUACAGGCGAUAAUGCACUUCAACUACAGAACCAUGUGCAGAGGGGAGAACUCCAUCCUUGGACAAUUAAAGCCAGAGCUUGGUAAUCAGUGGAUAAAUUACAUAUCACUUUGUGGCCUGAGAACACAUGCAGAGCUGGAAGGGAACCUAGUCACUGAGCUCAUCUAUGUCCACAGCAAGUUGCUAAUUGCUGAUGACAACACAGUUGUUAUCGGUUCUGCCAACAUCAAUGACCGGAGCAUGCUGGGAAAGCGAGACAGUGAAAUGGCCGUCAUAGUGCAGGACACAGAGACGGUCCCCUCAGUGAUGGAUGGAAAAGAGUACCAAGCCGGCCGCUUCGCCCAAGGACUCCGGCUGCAAUGCUUCAGGCUCGUCCUUGGCUAUCUCUCUGAUCCGAGUGAGGACCUUCAGGAUCCUGUGUGUGACAAAUUCUUCAAGGAGAUUUGGGUUUCAACAGCAGCUCGGAAUGCUACCAUUUAUGAUAAGGUGUUCCGUUGCCUUCCGAAUGAUGAAGUGCACAAUUUAAUACAGCUGAGAGACUUUAUAAGCAAGCCCAUAUUAGCGAAAGAUGACCCCGUUCGCGCUGAGGGGGAGCUGAGGAAGACCCGAGGCUUCUUGGUUCAGUUCCCUUUUUAUUUCCUAUCUGAGGAAAACCUCCUGCCUUCUGUAGGAACCAAAGAAGCCAUGGUUCCCAUGGAGGUUUGGACAUAAGACAAACUCUGCUGCAAGUCAAGGAUUUCUAACCUGAAGACCAUAUUGCAUAUGGUGACUUCCUAAGGACUUCACAGCCAAACUCAGGCCUGAUACACUCCUGUGGACCAACCUACUGGACUCUUUGGAGUGAAUGAGGGGUCAGUGGUCACACUGAUGUAAGGACUCUCUGCAUAAGCAAGCCUUCAUCAUGUAUCCUGCCUGUCCUUGAGGUAGCAUACGUUCAAACAAUACCAAACACAGAUGCAAAUUACACAAUACAUAUCAAAAACCCAUCUCCUUUGCUAACAAAAAUCGGCCUGCAACUGUGAUUCAAACUGCCAAAAGUUGCCUGAACUCUCUUGUUCUCUGAUGCUAAUUAAGGCAGCUGGGGCCCACCAGGAUGCCCUCAACUUGUCCAUACAGCCCUGUUUAAGAGACUGCUGAUCAAUGAAAGAUGUGGAGAGCCAAUUUGAGAGACCCAAGGUUCCAGAUGAUGCUGGACCCACGUGGUUCUGACAUGAGAGUAUUUACUAAUCCAAGAAGUUGCUUUCUGUUCCUUUUCAGUCACUGCAGGGACAGAACAGGCUUUGCCUAGCUACCCACAUCAGGCACUUCUGAGGACAGCAAUAGUGGCUGUUGACAACAGGAAGGCAUUAAAUUCCAAUACUGAAGAAGAAUUUCCCUUGGUUCCCAAAGAUAUUGCCAAGCUGUGUCCUUGUCAUUGAGCCCCCGAUAAUAUUUGUAAACAUGUGCCAGGUAUACCAAAACAUAGCAACCAGAUAAACACAGAUAGAACCUCCAAGGUGUCAGUGGGAAUCCAGUUCAGAUAAAGGACAAGAUUCCCCACAGUCUGUAGAAUCCCUGUCCCCCUUAGCCACCAGAUUGAUGACAAAGCUGGAUUUCUCCAUAAGCGAUCCAAUGGAUGCGAUUUGUCUUCCAAAAGAAGCAGAGGUGUUAUAAGCCUUCCAGCUGACAAGCAGGAGUCUGGCCUUAUUGACCCUUUGGUCUUUCUGCUAUGUCUUCCUUAGGGGAAAAGAAGCUGAUUAUAAAGAGGAGCUACUUUGCUUGCACUGAUAACUAUGCAGUAACAUUUCAACAUGGCUUCCAAAGAAGCUGCAACAGUAAUUCACGUUGUCCCAGUCUGAAAUGUGGAUAUCCACUUUCAGAUGGUAUGGUAUCCUUUUUAGACCAAAUUUCAGGGUUCCUCUCGAAUCCUAGGAGCAUCUGUGGGUUCCUGGAAGCCUCAGGUCCUUUGUGGUUCUCUUCAAAGCGACUCCCAACCCAUGUUUUCAUGAACAAAUAUGCUGGUUUAAAAGAUGACACAGGACCACAAAACCAGUGUUAUGGUUUAACAACAGAGUGACAGUCACAUCCAAGGGAGGAUGUCACCCCUACGGAACAUUCCACAAAUGAGGUGCAUUUUGUAAUCAACAAUGGAAAUGAAUCUGUUUUUAUGAAUAAAUAACUUAUUUCUUGUAUGGC